CUUGCCGACUGCAGCCACUCCGACCGGUGUCGCCCGCGUCCUCCUUCGCCAUGACUUCCUACAGCUAUCGCCAGUCGUCGGCCACCUCUUCCUUCGGGGGUCUGGGCAGCGGCUCCACGCGCUUCGGGGCGGGAGGCGCCUUCCGCGCGCCCAGCAUCCACGGGGGCUCGGGUGGCCGCGGCGUGUCGGUGUCCUCCGCCCGCUUCGUGUCCUCGUCCUCCUCCGGGGGCUACGGCGGCGGCUAUGCGGGCGCCCUGGCCGGCUCCGACGGGCUGCUGGCGGGCAACGAGAAGUUCACCAUGCAGAACCUCAACGACCGCCUGGCCUCCUACCUGGAGAAGGUGCGCGCCCUGGAGGAGGCCAACGGCGACUUGGAGGUGAAGAUCCGCGACUGGUACCAGAAGCAGGGGCCCGGGCCCGCCCGCGACUACAGCCACUACUUCAAGACCAUCGAGGCCCUGCGGGACCAGAUUCUUGGUGCCACCAUUGAGAAUUCCAAGAUAGUCCUGCAGAUCGACAACGCCCGUUUGGCUGCAGAUGACUUUCGAACCAAGUUUGAGACGGAGCACGCCCUGCGCGUGAGCGUGGAGGCCGACAUCAACGGCCUACGCAGGGUGCUGGACGAGCUGACCCUGGCCAGGACCGACCUGGAGAUGCAGAUCGAGAACCUCAAGGAGGAGCUGGCCUACCUGAAGAAGAAUCACGAGGAGGAAAUCAGUGUCCUGAAGGGCCAGGUGGGUGGUCAGGUCAGCGUGGAGGUGGACUCCGCCCCGGGCAUCGACCUAGCCAAGAUCCUGAGUGACAUGAGAAGCCAAUAUGAGGUCAUGGCUGAGAAGAACCGGAAGGAUGCUGAGGCCUGGUUCACCAGCCAGACUGAGGAGCUGAACAGGGAGGUCGCUGGCCACACGGAACAGCUGCAGAUCAGCAAGACAGAGGUCACCGACCUGCGGCGUACCCUCCAGGGUCUGGAGAUCGAGCUGCAGUCUCAGCUCAGCAUGAAAGCUGCCCUGGGAGACACGCUGGCCGAAACGGAGGCUCGCUUUGGAGCCCAGCUGGCGCAGAUCCAGGCGCUGAUCAGUGGUGUCGAAGCCCAGCUGAGCGAUGUGCGUGCCGACACCGAGCGGCAGAACCAGGAGUACCAGCACCUAAUGGACAUCAAGUCCGGGCUGGAGCAGGAGAUCGCCACCUACCGAAACCUGCUGGAGGGCCAGGACGCCUACUACAACAACCUGUCCACCCCGAAGGUCCUCUGAGUCUGGCAGCCUCCUGGCCUUCCUACCCUGCUGCAGAGGGAUUCCCCUGGGUAGGGGCAUGGGAGGGGAGGGACCCUUAUCCCUGGCUCUCCCCCGAUCUUCCAAUAAAACUUUAUGGCCCAAGGGAGGAAGGAC